GGGGAGCCUCCUUGAGUCAGACACAGACGCCCUCUCCGCCCACUUCCGCAGCUGGUGGGCGAGAGCCGCGCCACGCCGGGCAUGUGGCGGGGCUGGCGGCCAAGACAGGACGGAGCCGAGGGUGUCAACGCAACGCGAAAAUAUAUUUUGAAAGCGCUCCUUCAAACCAAUAACUUUAAUGAAACUAUUUUUCAAUAAGGCAAACUUUUUCUUAAACUUCUUCAAUUCAGUGGCGCCAGGAAAUACAACUUGCGAAACUUAAAAUUUACUGGACGAGGAAUCAAAGACCUAAUUAAGUAUAAUCCCUUACACGUGUGGAGGAAGCAAGAGGUGGAGAGUCAACAUGUAGCCCUUCCCUUCAUAACCUUCCUCCUGGAGCGAGUCAUUCCCCGCAGAACACCUCCUUCCUCCGUUAUACUCAACAGUCUCUUACCAAGUCUUCGUCGGCCGCCCCUCCACCCUAAUCCAGUCCUCCUCGGCUCCAGCGACGGGAACACAGCCCACCAUGGAUAACGUUCUCAACCUCACCGUUGAGGGGGACGACCCCGCGGGCUUCAGGGAGUUCGUGGAGACCUACGAGGGUGAACUAGACGGCUUCGAUGCCAACGGGAGUUUUGCGAUGCUGAACAACUCUGGUGUGAACGGGACCUAUUGGGUGUAUCCGUGGGGCACGUCCCUCUACCCGUCAGGCUACAGCACCUUCGAGAUCGUCAUCAUCACCGUCAUCAUCACCGUGGCCAUGAUCGUGGUGGUGGUGGGCAACAUGCUGGUGAUCAUCGCAAUCGCCACCGAAAAGGCGCUCAAGAACAUCACCAACUGGUUCAUCGCCUCCCUGGCAGUGUCGGACUUCCUGCUGGGCCUCGUCAUCAUGCCCUUCAGUCUGGCCAACCUGCUGAUGGGCUACUGGAUGUUCGGGGACCUGUGGUGUGAGCUGCACGCCGCCAUUGACGUCCUCCUCUCCACCGCCUCCAUCAACAACAUUUGCCUCAUCUCCCUCGACCGCUACUGGAGCAUCACUCACGCCGUCGCCUACUUGAAGAAGCGAACGCCCGAGCGCGCCGCCAUCAUGAUCGUCGCCGUGUGGGUCUUCUGGCUCAGGUCCAUCCCGCCCCGCCUCGGCGGGAAGGAGGGGCGGGCGCCCGAGCAGGUCCCCAAAUUCACGGUAAGUGAGAGCAAGAGUUUCCAUAGAGCGGCCCUGGGGGUGGAGAGGGGCGGGUGGGAUGAAGCUGCGUUAUGGGGGACGUGAAUGUGGCGCAAGGGGGUAUGAGUGUUUACGGGCCCCAUUAUUCUCAAAGGCUUGUACUUGGAGGUCUAUGAGUGCUGGAAACAUUGCAAUAAGGAGUGGAUGAGUGUCUUGGUCUCAAAUACAACUUCAAUCCUUGCAGUUGUAAUGUUAGAAGUUGUGAUUAAGAAGCUCAGA